AAUGACGUUCUUGCACGUAUCCUCUGACGUCAUCCAACGUAAUUUAUAGGAAGGAGACCGUUACCAGAAAAUGUCUUCAGACCAGAUACUUGAAGAAUGCCUUAAAGAGCUAGUCUACUUUGCUAAAAUGCCUCGGCUAGCAUUGUAACCGUAUAUAAAUCCCACACUGGCCUCAUUCCGACCUUAGAGCUGUUUUUCCACUGUUACAUAAAACCUCUGAACACUGCCAAUGUGGAACAGAGCUGAUCCUGACGAUGGAUGCCAGUCUUCUAAAACAGGUUCAAAUAGCGGAAUCUCUCCAGGAUGGGUCGCCAGCCAUGAAUCAACAUGGCACAGCAGGCAGCCCAGCGUCUAUCGACGUCGACACAGCAGUGUAUCAGACAGUGGCGAUACCGGCAUUGGUACCUGCUCUGAUGGCGUGGAAGAUGAUUCCAGCUCGAGCACCACACCGUCAUCUCUGCACCCUCUGUCCCGCCGUCACUCCGGUCAAGAGGACUCGUUUGGCAGCAGCAUCCCCAUCGGCCACGUCAAGCCAUCUCCCUGCACGUCGUCCUACAGCGGUCUGAAAAGGAUACCCUCACCCAGCAGCUCAGGUCGCUGGAGCAAGUCUUGCCACUUGCUCCCUCCAGCUGGUUCUCCGCUCAGUGCACCAGGUAGUGUGGACUCGAGGGACCAACAGCCCAUCCGGAGGUGGUCUUCUCUGACUAAGUUGUCAUCUGGGGCUGAAAGGGGCUCCAGCAGGACAUCGGUUCACCAACACAACACCGAUUCACACGGCUCUCUAGACCGAGGACUGCUGUACGGCUACAGGAAGGAAGCGCGUGGUUUAAACGGAGACCUUUAUUUACCUCUAUCUUCCUCCUUACUCUGUCACGGCUUGUUACAGCGCUCACCCGGGUCCGGGCCCUGCUACUGGAGCCAACAUGGUAGUAAAUCCACUGGCUUUGAAACAGACCUGUCCCUGUCCUCAACCCUGUCCUCACCCGUUAAACGGAGCAGUCUGGACGUGAACUAUAGUAGUCUAGCAGAGGCUAAGCUGGCUCUGGGAGGCGGUCUGGGUCAUUGCUUUAGUUUAGCACAACAAGCGGAGUCACCCCUUAGUCACCGCAUGGACCGAGACUCUCCCAUUCAGCCGGCUGUCCGUACACAAAUGUGGCUGACGGAGCAGAUGGAGUACAGCUCCAAAGCUGAGCAUGGUGGAGAACUUGGUCAGAUCCUUGGUACUGGGGUAAAGGUCUGUGGUGGAAAUGGACUCUCACCUUGGCAAGGACCAACACUUGAACCAGGAAUGCAGGACCAGAUGCUGCAGGGGACCUCCCAGAUUAUGAACACCCUGGUGAAGGUCAAAGAAGGGAUGCUGAGACAAAGAGAGUUGGAGAUAGACAGGCAAAAUCAGCAGAUCCUGCAGCUCCAUGCCCGCAUUCGAGAGAAUGAGCUGAGAGCCCAGCAGGUCCUGCACAGUCAGAGGUGGUUUGAAGACCCUCAGAUUUUGCAGCUGAAGGAAUCAGUGAAGGAAGUGACAUCCGAUCGACUGAGCUGCCAUGAAGAACUCGGCAGGAAGCUGGCGGUGGCUGAGCUGGAAGUUCUCCAUCUUAAUGAGCUUUACAAGCAAGCCACUCAGAAAUACACAGAAGACCUCAGGAAGCUGGAAGAAAAGAUCAAGACAAGGGAUCGCUACAUCAACAGUUUGAAAAAGAAAUGUCAGAGGGAAAGCGAGCAGAACCAGGAAAAACAGCAACGCAUAGAAACUCUGGAGAAGUACCUCGCAGACCUGCCAACGCUGGGGGAGGUCCAGGUCCAAAGCCUGCAGCUGGAGGAGGUGCAGAAGAAGGCUGAGGAUCUGGAGAAGAAAAUGAGUGGCAUACAGAAGGACCUGGAUGAUUGCUGUGGUCUGCUCAAAGACAAAGACGGCAAGAUUAAGACCCAAGACAGGAGAGAGAAGGAGCUGAUUGCAUCUGUACAUAGCCUGCAGCAGAAGGUGCAGCAGUGCUUGGAGGACGGCGUGAGGUUGCCGAUGCAGGAUCUGAAGCAGCUGGAGGAAGAAAACGCUGAGCUCCUGGAGAAGCGAGACCACAGCAGCAGGCUCAUUGAACAUCAGAAAGGACAGAUUCAUCGACUCAGCUCGCACGUCAAGGCAAUCAGUGCAAGACUACACAAGGGAAGAAGUCUUCCACACGUUCACCACUUUUGCCCGACUGACAACCAAGAAAGCCCAUCCAUGGACUCUUCGGCCUCACCACAGCAGCCACAGGCGGGUGACGGGCUGUCCGAUCAUUCUCUGUCCCACGCGGAGAUGCCACAAGUGGGACGGCUUCUGAAGGAGAUGUCCCUUUGCCUGCUGGACCUCCAGGCUCUCUGCAACAUCUUGGCUCAGAGAGCUCAAGGAAAGGAGCUCAACUUGUCUCUGUUGCUGCAAAUGACAUCGUUAAACAUCCCUGCGGAGGAAAGCAAAUGCGGGGAUGUGCAGGAAGAAGAAGCCAAGGUGAAACUGAUGGAGGUGGGCCAACUGAGGAAAGGCGUGGAGGAGCUGAGGAAGAACAUUGCGGACUGCUACGCACACUACGUGGUGGACAGCAGGGCCAAGAAGUGACAGGAAGUUGGUGGUGGAGUUCAACUCUAUGCAAAAUUCACACGUAAUUUUCCUUCGUCCAGGUAAACUCACUCAGACUGUGAAUGCAUAAACGAUGCUGAUGAGUCGCACUCGGGAUUAUGGGGGACAAACCACCUCCGGAAUAUAGUACACCUAAUUUCACAUGGAAGCAUUUGGUUCAUAAUGUAACUCCGUAACUCCUCUAGCAUUCGUUAGCAUGCAAUCAGUCAAACCGCCAAUAUUAGUGGGUGUGUCUACUCCGGUGAUGGCUUUUCUUUUCUUACUGGCCUACUGACUAAGUUUUUAGUAACUUUAUGGGUGCGCAUUUGUAUCCAUGAAACAUGGUAACACAGAGCACCGUAAUCCAAGGACCACCUGGAUAUGACAGCUUUAGAGAAUGUGUGUGUGAAUGUUGACAUUAUGAAAAAGUUGUAAUAUUACAAAAAAAUUGUAAUGUACUAUUUUCGAUAUUGUGGGGUACAUGCUGUUUUGCAAAAGGCAGUUUGGGUUCCCUGUACGUUUUGUAAGCCAUAGGCAAGCACUAGGACCAAGCGGAAAACUGUUUUCCUUUAGACCGCCCACAAACGCUCAUUAAUUGGCUCGAGUGAUUUUUUUUGCUGGCGUGUCAUUGGCUGUCCCCGCUGUCACAUGUGCACGUGGGCUUGCCCGCCGGUGUCUUUGCUUGCUAGCCAUUAACACGUUGUUUUGUUCUGCCGAGGUCACGUCAGCUAGACUGUUUUAAAUAUCAUUUAAGCUAAGGUCCGUGUGUUUGGUCGCACCUCGGUCACUAUUCAUCUACGUAGCGAAAUAACGGUGGCUGAGAACGUAGCUACGGCUAAGGAGACGCACCUAGCCUUGGAAAUGAGGGAACUGGUGGAGGAGGAGCUGGUAAACGUUACUUAUUCUUGGUAAGUGUAGAACUGUGCUUUUCUGUCAACAUUAGCGCUCUCGAGAAGUGAGUAGUGAGUACACAAUGUACACACUAAUACUGGGCAAGCUUUCUUUAGUCACAACUCGCUGUAAAAAUCCAGAACAUAUAGUCUCUUCGGCGAAACACUUCCUGUGGUCUGGUAAAGUCCGGUUUUCAAAAUAAAAGCACGUCAUCGAACUGUUACGCCAUAACGUACUGGAGUACAGCAAAGGGCCAUGAUCUUCCCAGUACACACUGGUAGUGGGUGUAAUUAAUACCUUUUGAGUAUUUUGUCACCUUUUUUAUAUAUUUUCACCGGUUUUAUGAACGGGUGACGUCUUCCAACCUGAUAGCAUUUGCUAUCAUUCCCUUAAAGCAAUUUAGCAUCGAAGUCACAGUUAAGCUUCAUUUGACGAAUGUAACCAUGACAUUUUAGUUGCUUCCAACUGGUCUAUGUGCUUUACAUUGUUUAUCUUCUAACGUCAUUCAUUUAGCAGCAUGAACUGUUCAGAUGUUGACUCAUAUUUGAAGGAAUUAUUUAUUCAGCUGUUGCAGCUUUUGACAUACUUGUACAUUUAGUGGGCAUCAUGCUAACGUCUUUCAAUUCAAUGCUUUCUAUUAAAGCCAUUGAAAACAAAAGGACUGUUAGGUAGUUUAUGGUUUUGAAAGCGUAUAACUGAUAUUAUUUAGGAUCAGUUAUUCCAAGUGUAUGUUUUGGUUAUGAUCCGCAUGUUGAACAGUUUGGUUUUCCAUCCACUCUUACUGUAACAAUGUACAGCCCAGGUGAGACUAUUUUGUAUUGAUGGACUUGAAAUAUGGAACCAGUAUUCAGGCUUUUAUUUACAUUUGCCAUAACGGUGAGUGUGAAUGGAAAGAAACAAAGGUAACAUUUGUUUUAAGAUUGAUGUUUUGUCUGAAGGAUGAAGUCAUGGAAACAAUACACGUUUCUGUAGUGGGUGGGGUGGGGGGGUUAACCUUACAUCAGAAUAAAGAAAAAUAAUUUUGAACAACAUGAUUGUAAUAUAUUGAAGUGCAUGACAUCAAAUGUAACAAUCACUCCCAGUAUGACAUCAGCUUCUAUUCUAAAGUGUCUGCCAUAUAAAUAUGAAGGGUAGUGUCGUGACACUGAGGGCGUUAGCAAUCUAAGGCAUUUGUAGCGGGGGCAUGCUUUUGUUUAUGGAGGGAAUAAAGGAACUCGGGGUGUACUCAAACUUGACCACGAUACGCAACUGGCAGCCACUUAACCACUUAAGUCCUGCAUGUUUGCAUCAAGUAAGCGUUCCCAUCCGAUGAUGGUUUCCCCUCCUUUGGCACUGGGGGUGGGGCAGGGCAUGGAAUGAUGACAGCCGCCACCUUCCACAAUAGAAAUAAUCACAACUCCAAAUGUGAGUGGACUACUUUGAGUCUUUGGGCCCAUUUCACACCUAAAGCACGCUACGUUUGGCUCCACCCAAGGUACAAUUCCAUGCAUGUGCAUUGGCUGGGUGAGGGAGGGGUCCAUCACGGUACGUACACAUGGUUUAGUGUGAGUACACCCACUUAGCUUCUCUUUGGAUCCUUUGUGUCACAUGGCUUUUUGCAGUUGUACAAAGCCAACUAAAACCCCUAAACAUGCCAGACAACCGGGUCGAACUUGUAUUCUGUCGUCAGUUCUCCCUGCUAGGAUUGCCACGUGCCAUCAAGCCUCCGAACGUCAACACUAAAAACAUCCACAGAGGAAAAAAAGGGGACAACAAACCGCUUCUGCGUGCUGAAGAUGGGAUUCAGUACUUGGAGGGAGGUAAAAACCCUGCGUGUCUUCCUCGUCUUCUAAGAGGAGCUGCGAGCGUCGAGAGGCUUGGAAGGGGUUUCCUCCGAUGGCGUCUCACUGGAGAGUCCCACGUCUCCGUUCUCUGCGCUGUUGCUCACUGACAUCUUCUCCAGAGCUGCUGAGGGAGGAAACGCAUGCAGACGAUGCAUUAGAUUGAUGCUGUUGACGGCCAAGAUGGCGUCUCCGACAUGCAAACCUCCACAUCUGUCCGCAGGCUGGCCUGGAUGGAUCUCUGAGAUGAGGAUGGGAACACCAUGCUCCUUUCCCCCCUGGGCCCACACACACACACACACACACACACACACACACACACGUAAAUAAGGUAUGUUCUGCCUUAUGGUUUUAUGCAUAUUGCCAAACAUACUCACUCAUAUGCCUUUAAACCUUAAAUCUCAACCCAUUACCAGUUUGGGGAUAAUGGUAAUGCUUUUAUUUCAUUUGAAUAUGCAUCAGAUUACAAUUGAGUGCAUCCCAUAAUCAGUUCCCAGUUCCACAUGUCCAAAAGGAGUAGGAAGAAGCAAAGCUUAUUAAAUCCUACCCCUCCAUCUGGUACUUUUACAAUCACUAACUGUUACAUGUGUUCACUUCCUGCCUUCCAUAAUACAGUUUAAGGUCUUUUUAAUAAUGUAUUGACUACUAACUAACCCCAACAAAAUAUGAUAGAUAAACAAAUAAAUAACUAAAAUAUUAUCAAGUAAUCCAAACAAAACAACAAAGAAUAAAUCAACAGAUAUUAGAAACCUAGGAACACGCUACUAAAUAGCUCCUACAGGCUCAAUGCUUUGCAAUCAGCAGUCAUUUAACAAGAAUUAAGUCAGGCUAAGAAGUAAAAAUACCACAGAGAAAAAAAAACACUUCCUGUGUAGUUCCAUUAGGACUAUGUAAGAAAGAUCCUGACCCCGCACGCUAAAGCGUUCCCAGAGCUACGGAUUGACUCACCGUGAUGGAGAUGCCCAGACCCUCGUGGUCCUCUUUGACGAGAGACACCUUCCUGAUUGGACCCACUCCCUGGCUUUUCUUCAGCAUGUCUGGGUCCUACAGUAGCAAGAUCUCAGCUUCAGAAUGAGGAUUCGGUGCCAGACCAGAAUGUGGCACGUUGAUACCCACAUGCCCAACGGGUGAGGGGAGGGGCUUCUUGGGAUCGUUGCGCCCCCUGCACGCUCGGAUGACGGUUUUGUGGCGGUGAAGAUGGAUCUCAGCCUCCAGUUGGUUCCACAGCUUGUCGUGUGCCGGCCCUUUCAUGUCACGGCCCAGUAACUGGAUCUGCUGCACCCUGGGAAAAGAAUGUUGGAUAAGCUGUGUGAAAUAAAAUAUGCAAAUAUA